ACGUCGUGCGUGUUACGCGCAUGCGUCGUUUGCAACAGUAUGCUAUACAAACAUAUUUAUAUAUAUAUCUAUGACAGUACGUUAUUCAGGGUGAUUUAUGUUAUGUAAACCGGAAAAAUUGCUGGAUUGGAGAGCGACAAAGUUUUAUGAAACAGACUCUAGAUUAUUUGCGGUGUGUUCUGUUUCAAAAUAGUCUAUGUGUUUUUGUGUCAUUCGUCUGACAGCGCAAAAUCCAAGAAACUCUUAUUUACAGGAAACUGUGAUACUAAAAGAAGAAUCCGCGCUGCCAGUUUAACGUUACGUUUGUUUCAAGGGCAAGGCAUUAUCUUUCAGACAUGCUGCAGUCAUUCAAGCAUUUAUUCAACUGUAACCUGGUGCUAUCCCGCUCCUUCUCUGGAUAUGUUUCUCGAAUGAGGUACCUUAUGAGAUUAAAGGAGGACGAUGAAGCUUGUCGAGAGGCACUGAAGUCCGGGGAAGUUUUACUGUAUCAUAAACUUUCUCCUCUACUGCAAAAGACUAGCAGUGGCAUUUACAAACUGGCUUUAAUAAAAACCUCAGAUUUGGAACAAAUACUGGAGAAGGUUGGAAAGGACAAACACUUUGUUAAUGAAUCUUAUCUUCUGGGAUGCACUAACAAGGGCGAACCACAGUUCUCACUGGAAGUAGGUGAUUUAGACCGAAGUGCAUUGGAGCAGGAGUGCAGAGGUAUGUUUGUGGACCUCAGGAAAGCUUUCUUCUUGUUACCUGGACCAGAGUCUCCUCUUGCGGCCAAAGGGCAAGCUCUCCUUCGGUGGCACCAGUCCAAUUGCUUUUGCAGUGCCACUGGACAGCCUACCGUCAGGAACCAAUCAGGAAGUGUCAGAGUUUGUCACAGCAGUGGUGUCACCUACUACCCCAAAAUGGCACCUGUUGUGAUAGUGCUGGUGUCUGAUGGCAACAGAUGUCUGCUGGCACGCCAGGCCAUGUUUCCUCCAGGCAUGUACAGCGCUCUCUCUGGCUUCUGUGACAUGGGAGAAUCAAUGGAGGAAGCCCUGCACAGAGAGGUGGCAGAAGAGGUAGGGCUAGAGGUGGAGAACCUUCAGUACUCUGGAACACAGCACUGGCCAUUCCCACAAAGCUCCUUUAUGUUAGCCUGCCACGCAACUGUAAACCCAGACAAAACACAGGUGAAUAUUGACAAGGCAGAACUUGAAGAUGCACGCUGGUUCACGUAUGAAGAAAUAGCAGAAGCGCUACAGAAUCCACUACUUUACCCCAGAAGAGAGCCGCAUGUGUUCUCGGUCCCACCAUCUUAUGCCAUAGCCAAUCAGCUCAUUCAGGAAUGGGCCAAUCAGCAGCAGCUGUCAAGAAAAUUACAUGGACUCAAAUAAUCAUGCACCUUCAAUGGGUUGCCACUAAUAUAUGAACAUAAAGAAUAAAUCAAAGAUUUACUGUGAUAACCAGAAUACAGAUUAAUUUUGAGGAAGGACUUUUAUUAUACUUAGAAUAUGCUUGUAUUGUAACAAAUGUAAUAAUAUUAUUAAAACUAAAAUAUAUAACCUAUAUAAUGAGAAGCAUUUGAAUUUGUAUUUCAAGAACAUUCUGCACUACCUCAAAUAGUACUAAUCAGUCAGUACACAGAAAACAUUUUAAUAAACUUAUGUUUUUAAAAUAUUUUUAUGAUUUUUAAUUGUCUUACAAUAAAAACAAUACCAAGAAACA